AUGGAUACUGCUAUUGCUAUUGAUGCUAAGGUUCAACAUGUGACUAAGAAAUCUUCCGAUGAGCUUCUAAGGAAGUUUGCUGAAGUGGGUAGUGAAAAGGGUGGAGAAAAGAGGAGGAGGAAGAAGAGAAGGGAAGACCGAUGUGGGUGUGAGAGCCCUUCAAGCGGUGGCGCCGCCGUGGGGGAAAGGAGGUCCCUUUUACCGCCGAAAGUGACACGGCGGUCGGUGUUGCUCCGGCAGCUCAGGACAAGGGAUGUGAUGAGAAACAAGUCAUCACUCUUUGGAACCAUUCAUAAGACAUGGCGUAGAACCGUGGAAGGAGCCUCAAGAGUUUUUAUGGAAAAGCAUUAUCAUCGCCAUAAGCGUUUGAUCAAUGAUAUUGUUUAGGCUCUGUUGAGUAAUUGUAAUUGAAAAUUCUACAA